AUAGGAAACUAUGCCGCACAAAUUAAUCAGGCCCUUUCCGAAGCCGAGCAGCACGUCGACAGUGCCCAUAUCCACGAAUCGAUCUUCCACCGCACCGGAUAUUCUAAUGGCGACAUUACUUGGAUAGCCUACUUUGGUUCUAGAUGCCAGGAUGAUGGGUCCGGCAAAAGUGAUUUCUGCUAG